UCUGCUGUCUUGUUUCCAUUGCUCCAAUGAGUCCACUGACCAUUCAACUUCAUUCUUCUGUAUUCCCACUUACAAAUCCAGCAAAACCCCAAACCACCAUUUUCACUUUACCAAGCAGACCAAGAAUCAUGAUUCCUCAAGCUACAUUUUCUUCUUCAUCAAAUUCUCCUCUUUGGACCAUUUCAGAGAUAGUCAGGGCUGUUAAUGGCAGAAUCAUCAAGUGGGGUCCACCUGGAACAAUCUGUACGGACACCAGAACCCUUGAACCAGGACAAUGGUUUCUCCCUCUUGUUGGGCAAAACUUUGAUGCCCACAAUUUCAUUACCCCUAAAUUGGCCACAAAAGGGUGUGUUGGAGUGAUUGGGAACUGGGUUUGUGAGGGUUGGAACAAUGGGUUUGUACAAGUAGAGGGAGACACUAUGAGUUCUUUAGAAAGAUUGGGUUUUUAUGCAAGAAACAUGUUUACUGGUUGUUUAAUUGGUUUAACAGGAAGUGUAGGGAAGACCACUACAAAGACUAUGGUGGCAUUGGCUUUGGAGAGUGUUGGAACUGUUUAUUAUAGUCCAGGGAACUGGAAUACCGAGAUUGGGGUUGCGUUAUCGCUUAUUGGGAUGUCGAGGGAUGUGGGGUUUGGGGUUUUGGAGAUGGGGAUGAGCAAGAAAGGAGAAAUCUUGGAGCUGUCCAGGAUGUGUAGACCAGAUGUAAGGGUGAUUCUAAAUGUGAAUGCUGCACAUUUGGAGAAUUUUGCCAACUUGGAGGAGGUUUCCGUGGCGAAAGGGGAGAUUUUAACAGAAGCAAUGCCAGGGGAUGUGUGUGUAUUGAAUGGUGAUGAUCCCCUUGUCAUGAGCCUCCCAGUUCCAGUUGGAGUUAAGAAGGUGGUAUUUGGUCGAAAGUUGGGCUGUGAUGUUCGUUUAGUUUCUUCACAAAUCAUAGACGGAGGUCGCAGAGUAGAAAUUGUUCUAGAGGGGUUCAACGAGAUGGUUAAAUUCAUAAUCUCCAGUCCUGGCUUGCAUUUGGCCGUUAAUGCAUGUGCAGCUGCUGCUGUCGCUAGUGCUCUUGGCGUUCCUCUUGCUCUAGCUGGAAAGUCCUUAUCCAGAUUUAUACCUGUUCACCGAAGAUCAGAGCUUGAAGUAACCGAGAAUGGGAUUACAAUAAUAAAUGAUGUUUAUAAUGCAAGUCCAGCCAGUUCUCAAGCUGCAAUUGACUUGUUAAGAAACUUUGACUGCAAAGGUAAACGAGUUGCUAUACUCGGAGACAUGCUUGAACUUGGUCCAGCAGAGUUCAAGUUUCAUGAGUUGAUGCUACAGAGUUGCUGCGAUGCUCAGUUUGAUGUGGUUGCACUUGUUGGAAUGAGGUUUGUACGUGCAGCUGAGAGUAUAGACUUUGGGCCAGAUACAAAACUGGUGUGUACUACUGAUGCUCACCAGAUGGCUUCUAAAAUCACCGAUUAUCUAAAUAGUGGUGAUGUCGUCCUUGUCAAAGGCAGUCGUCAAAUAGGAAUGGAGGUAAUUGUCGAUGCAGUUAAGUCUAUCCACUUUGGUGUCCCACUUUGCCAUGCAGUAAUGAGCAAAUGUGACUAAUAGAAGAUUCUGCAAUGUGAUCGUGCUAGAAAAAAAACAGUAUGCUGGUUCAACUUUGUUCGAGUUCUUUUUCAAGACCUCCGUGUAGCUCAGGGCCAGCAGCUGGCGUUUAUGCUGGCAUAAGGAUAGGUCAUUAGCCAUCUGCUGUAGCCAUACGAGUUGGCUUUCAGGUGACAAGCUCUUUGUAUUGCUUAAGCUACUCGGUAGAAGCCCUUGCUAAAGAUGCUUUCUUCAGUUCAGUAUCAUGACGAAAGAUUAUAAGGAUUGGAAAACUUACGGUUGGUAUCUAUGGAUGAAGUGCCUCUUUACGGAUACUUUCUGCAAUGUUACCACCAUAGGGUUCAAUAAAAUCGUAUUCUUACUCGAGGAACGACACUCCAGAAAUCAGCUUAUUGUUCAAGAAGCCACAUAUGGUAAUGACAAAAAAGGCUUC